AUGGCCUUCAGACUCUUCACUCACCAACCAACAACUCUCCUUCGCCUCGGCCUAGGCGUAGGAAUUGGACUCUCAGCAGCAACCCUCCACCCGCUAUCCCCCUUCCGCGCCGCACCAAUGCUAUGCGACUAUGCCGCGCCGCAUCCCCAACAAUCAACCCUAAACAAAGACCCAGGGUGGGCCGUGAAUUCCGAAUCUGCACAAAAGAGCCGGCCACGGACCGGGCUGUUGAAUCCACAGACUAUGCGGCAGGUUAGCCUGGGAAGUGUGUUGGGGUUGGUAGCGGGUGUUGGGCUGAGGGCUUUCUCGAAGGCGCUGGUUGUUAUCUUGGGUAUGGGGGUUGUAUUUGUUGAGUUCGCUGCUUCCAAGGGAUAUAAUAUCCUUCCGCUCCAGCGGAUGCAGAAAUACGUCAAGAACGUCGAUUUGAAGCGAGCUAUGAGUCAAAACCGGCCGUUUAAGAUUAGUUUUGGUGCUAUGAUGGCUAUGGCUGCAUUUGCGAAUUUCUAG